AUGUGUUUUCUUCCUCUGGCCAUAGGUGGAUUUUGGGCUUUCGACAACAAGGUACCCACUUCCUAUAGAGGAGUAUUAAUCUUGGUUUCACAAUUCCAUGGACAUAAAAACACUUCAAAAUUUGUACUUGGAUCAUUUUGCAUGCUUGUGGUGAUACACUGCUUAAGCACAUUCCAAAUCUUUGGCAUGGUGGCUUUUGAUAAUCUGGAGUCAGAGUACACUAUCAGGAAGAACAAGCCGUGUCCAAGGUGGCUUCGCGUAGCUUUACGCAUUUUCUUCGGAGGAGUGGAAUUCUUCAUAGCAGUUGCUCUUCCAUUCUUGGGAAGCCUGGCACCUCUAAUCAGAGGGUUGACAUUGCCUUUGGCAUAUGCUUACCCUUGUUUCAUGUGGAUUUUAAUCAAGAAACCAAAGCAAAAAGGAGCAGUGUGGUGGAUUAACAUGGGACUUGGAUGCUUAGGCUUGGCUUUGAGUGUCAUUUUAGUUGUUGCAGCAGCUUGGAAUUUAGCUGACAAAGGUCUAAAUGCCAACUUCUUUAAGCCUUAA